GAGCUACAUACUUCACAAGGUGUUGGUCGACUCAGAACGUGCCCAGUUGACCGACACCUGCCUCCGACCCCAGCAUUGGCGCUGGUACCUGCACCUGCACCCCAACCAGCAGCAUCAGCUCCCGAACCUGCACCUGCACCCCCACCCCCAUCUGCACCUGCACCUGCACCAGCCGCAGCAUCAGAUGUUCCUGAGUCGCUCUUCGCCGUGGAACUCAAUAAGUCCAUGAUCCAGGCCAUCAAAUCCGCUGCAAAAGAGGAGCUGCGUCGUGUGAUGAUGCAGGAGAGGGUCGCAGUUUCAGCGACGCAAAAACAACGAGGGGCUGUCAUCAACAAGGCGCUCAAGAAAGCUCGAAUUUCUAUGAUCGGGCAAGUGAAAUAUAAAUCAUUCAAAGACAAAAAGGGUGUUCGCGAGGACCUUGUCACCUGCAUGUCGAACGUGUGGCGAUUGUUCAGGGAUUAUGCGGCCAACAUCAUUCAGACAGCACUGGGCCUCUGCUUACCCAUCUCCUCACAACCUGGCGAGGAGGUUGCUCAUAAGGCAACGGUCGUCCCAGAACUGUUGAAAGAUCUCAACUUUGUGCACAAGUUAGAGUUGGAUGACGAUGGUAUUGAACAGUGUCGACUUUUGGAGGCCGAUUAUUUUAUUGAAAUGAUCAUUCACGUUGUCUGGCAGAAAGGACUUCAUGAGUAUAUUGAUCUGGUUAAACUCAACAGCGCCAUGGCCCUUGGCAGGGCUGCAGUGCACAAUGCGCUGAAGGCUCACCACACAGGCAGGUUCGAUUCCGUCGAUGCUUCGGCUAAACAAUUCUACGACAUAUACAAUUCAAUCCUGGAAUUGAUUGACAGGAUUCGAGCAGAUCCUGCUUUGAGAGCAAGGUACAAAAUGCUGCAACAACUCAUUGUGACGCGGGGGUCGCGAGUGCAUUGAUCUGGACGAUGAGUAGAUAACAUCCGUAUCGCUUCGAUAAUCUGCAGAUAAUCUUCGCUAUCGCUAUGUACUACUACUAGAUAAUCUUUUCAAAGUCAUGCAUCUUGUUACCAAGCAUUAAUAAAACUAAUUUGGG